UUAAACCACUCAAAACACAUUUUUUUUUAUUGCAUCUGUCACCUAGCUUUGUAGUGCAAAUUCGCAUUCCAAAAGCUAGUUGAAACUCGACUACGUAGCACCUAGGUUUGUGAAUGCGCCCAUUGUUUUGAUUUCAGCUUGACGUUCGUGUAAAAAUUGUUGUCAAAUGACACACACAAUCGCAAAUAGAAUUCGGUCUGUUUUCAUGUCUCUUUUUUAACACCAAAAAUUCGAUUUUUUUGAGGCGAUUCUAGAAAUUGAAAGGAAUUUGACAUAGAAAUUUCUUUGUCAAUUAUAAAAACUGUCUUGAUUUUAAUUAAUCUUGGUUCAAAUAAAAAUAAGUGAUUACCACUCGACUUGAUUAUCAAUUAAAAUGGAACUGAUUACAAGAUCUGUUAUAAGCAAUCUUGAAGUGCAGUCAAUUGUUUCUUCAGAUCAAAGUAGCUUCCAGAAGCAAAAUAGCAUGGAUAAAGCAACUAUCACCACGGAUUCUGGCUAUGAAAACAAAAACAAACUAAAACGUCUAAACAUCCAGUUUGAAAAUAUUAAAUAUGUUGUUCGAACGGGUUUUUUCAGGAAAGAUCGCGCCUUUACCCUAUUUAUUACCAGAAUGGUUGAAAACAAAACAGUUUUAAAAGGCUUAACAGGAGAGCUUUUCAGUGGUGAACUCAGUGCUAUAGUAGGACCGUCUGGAGCCGGCAAAAGCUCUUUGCUUAAUAUAUUAUCCGGCUAUGAAUUGCACGGAGCCAGUGGAAAUGUUUUUGUCAAUGGAACAAAAAGGAAUAUUGAUUUAUUUAGGACAAACCUGUCUUUCAUAAAACAAGACACCGAUUUACAGCCUUUUUUGACAGUGUCUGAAGCAAUGCAUUUUUCUACUAAUCUGAAAACUGGUAACUCGCUAUCAACAAGUGAAAAAAAGAAAAGAGUACAAGACAUUUUGCAUUCUGUUGGCAUGUAUAAAAUUCGAAAAAAUUCUACUGGAAAACUUUCUGGAGGGGAAAAGAAAAGACUAGCUGUCGCCUUGGAAUUAGUGAACAAUCCAACUGUUUUAAUUUUGGAUGAACCAACAACCGGACUGGAUAGUUUAAUCGCCAACCAAUGCAUUUUGUUGUUGAAAAAACUAGCUCAAGAAGGCCGGACCAUAGUUUGCACAAUUCAUCAACCAUCAGGACUAGCUAUUCAAAUGUUUGAUGCCCUAUAUGCUAUUGCUGAUGGAAAAUGUAUCUACUCGGGAGCCACUCGUAACCUCGUUCCAUUUCUAGCACAGGUGGACCUUAAAUGUCCCGAAAUUUACAAUCCUGUUGACUAUUUGAUGGAAAUCGCUACAGACGAUUAUGGUAAACAAAAUCAUAAACUUACCGAAAAAAUUAGGAAUGGGAGAAAUCGAGAUUAUGUAAAAACAAUUCAAGCCGGUUACGAUGUAAUCAAAAACUCAGGAAUUGAAACACGUCAAUCAGGUUCAACUGCCUAUACCAAAGAAACAUCAAAUGAAUUAAAGCAUAAUGUCAACAUAAAAGAUUCAAAUUUAAGUUGCUAUAUACCAAAGAACACAAUUACUGCUCAUAAGCUUUGCAAACGAGAAAAUGUUUAUGCUACACCAUUUUAUCUGCAAACAAUAAUUUUACUAGAAAGGACGUUUUUAAUACUUUGGAGAGAUAAAGGAUUGACGUUAUUGCGGAUUGUUGUACAUUUAAUAAUGGCUGCCUUGGUUGGAAUUCUAUAUUAUGGAAUUGGAAACGACGCUGGAAAUGCUUUGAAUAACUUUCGAUACAUUUUUUAUACGCUGAUGUUCGUCAUGUAUACAUCCUUUUCAUCAAUUUUAGUUAAUUAUGAUACAGCGAUUAUAGUUAGCCAUAAAGAUCUGGAAAGAGCAACUAUAACCAUGCAAGCAAAGUUUGAUUCAAUAGUCCGAUGGUGCCACGAUUUUGGUUUAACUAUCAAUACUGCUAAGACGAAGGUAAUGGAUAUCAGACCACCGCAUAUUCAAAAAACAAAAAUUUUAAUAAAAUGCCAUGAAACAACAUGUCUUCAUCAAAACUCGAACAAAAAUUCUCUUAAUACUGAAGACAAUUGCGGCAAAUUUUUAGAAAACGUUCAACAGUUUAAGCCUCUACACAUGUACAACAAGUAUAUUACUCAUUGGUAGAAUCAGUCCUAAGAUACGGAAUACUAGCGUGGGGAAAUACGACUGCGACUUUUUAUUUAUUUAUUUAUUUAUUUAAUAUCAAUUAGAGUUUACAAUCUCAAAUAGACUAACGAAAUUUUUAAAAUUAUACAUAGAAUCAUUAUAAAAUUAAAGCUACACAAAAAAAUAAAAUUAUAUAUUUACAUUAUUUAAUUAGUUAAAAAAUACAAAUUUAACAUAUUUUUGAAUGAGUUUCUACUCAAAUGGAAAUUAAAAUCUAUAUUAUUUGACACAUUAUUAAUCUCCCUAACACUGCGAGUCAUAGGUUCAUUAAACGCAUAAUUUACUCUAUGAACGUUUUCGCGGAAUAAGGUUCGAAUUCUUAGUUCUCUAGAAGGAGCGUAAAGAUCUAUCAGCGAUAACAAAUAAGGACAAUCAAUAUGAUAUGAUAAAAUAUCACUGACAAAAUUUAUAGCAAACAUCUUACGGCGGUUUUCUAAUGACUGUAUACCAAUAAGCUGACAUCUAACGUUAUACGAAGGCAUUUCAAUGUUCCAGCCUAGUUUGUGUACUACAAAUCUUGUAAAUUUUUUUUGGACAUUUUCAAUUCUUGUAAUAUGAACAUUGUAAUGAGGAUUCCACACUACGCAGCAAUAUUCCAGGACCGAUCUAACAUACGAAACAUAAAGGGCUUUUAGAGUGUAUGGGUCCCUAAGACCAAACGAAUUACGAAAAAUAAAACCCAACAUAGAGUUGGCUUUGUUCACCAUGAAUUCUGUGUGAUGUACAAAGUUUAGCUUGUAAUCAAAAAUUACUCCAAGGUCUUUUUUAAUAGAAACUCUUUCAAGGACAUGAUUAUGCAUAUUGUAAUCGUAAACGAUAGGUAACAAACGACGAGUAAACGAAAAACAUUGACAUUUGGAUAUGUUUAGGGCUAAUUGGUUUAUAUUGCACCAGUUGAUAAGAUUUUUAACAUCAUUUUGGAGAAGCGUACAGUCUGUUAAAUUUUUUACACGUCUAAAAAAUUUUAAAUCGUCCGCAAACAUAAGACACGUUGAGUUAGUAAGGACAUCAGGAAGGUCAUUUAUAAAAAUAAGGAACAGCAUUGGACCUAAAUGACUCCCUUGUGGAACGCCGGAAGUUACAGAAAAGGGAUGAGAGAUAAUCGAAUCAAUUGAAACCAUCUGGCUGCGUCCUGUAAGAUAAGCUGUCAGCCAUUGAAGCAUGUUGGAAUGAAAACCUAUGUUCUCUAAUUUUUGCAAUAAAAUUUUAUGAUGCACCCUAUCAAACGCCUUUGCAAAAUCGGUGUAGAUAACGUCCACUUGGUAACCCUUUUCUAAUGAAUUGAGAAUACAAUUCGUGAAAAUGGUUAGGUUAGUGGAAGUUGAUCUACCGGAUACAAAGCCGUGUUGGUACGGGGAUAUGGUUUCUUUCAAUAUAAAAUUCAAUUUAUCGCAAACAAUUUUCUCAAAUAAUUUAGGAAUUGAGGACAAUUUACUUAUGGGUCUGUAGUUUGUGAUUUCCUGUUUUGGACCACAUUUGUGAAUAGGAGUAACGAAGGACGUUUUCCAUUCUGGCAAAAAUACACCAUACUUUAACGAACUAUUAAAGACAAAACACAAAACUCUAGAUAGAGCGACGGAACAUUUUUUCAAAACAAUAGGUGGAAUUUCAUCCGGACCAGAAUUAAUGUCUUCAAACAAUAAUCGAGUGUUCUAUUUAAACUAUUUUUACAAUUGUUCAUUUGAAUCAAAUUAACAGUUAAAAGCGAAUCAAUAAAUAAAGAAUCACACUCAUUAUUUACAUUAAAAGGAACUAGAAAACCUUCAUCAGAGUCAAAUACCCAAUUUAAAUUCGGCAAGUUAAAAUCACCUACUAAAAUGACAUGCUGAUUAUUAUUAAGCUUAGAAAUAUAAUAAAUACAGUUAUUUAUAUGUUCUUUAUACAAAUCUAUAUGGCUCUUUGGCGGAAUAUAACUUACUAUUAGAAAAAUAUCUUUUUUACAAUUUAAUGAUACCUUGAUAAUAAUUUGAUCAAUGUCAAAAGAUGAAUUAUUUGAUGUUGGCAAUGCUAAUUCGGUACAGGCAUAUAAAGAGCGCACAGCAAGCAGCACCCCUCCUCCUCUUUCUAGUCCAGUGGAUACAGAACAUCUGUCUUUACGAAACACAGAGUAUUGAUGACUAUUAAACAUCUCUGCAUUGUUGUGAUUCUUGGUUAGCCAUGUCUCGGUAAAAGCAAAGAAAUCAAAUUGCUCAGAUGAUGACGAUAGCAGCAAUUGUUGCAUUUUUGUGCGCAUUCCACCAAUGUUUUGAUAAUAACCAAGGAAAUUAUAUGAAUCAGAAUGAGAAGGCAAAUGAGAAGCAGAAGCAUUAGUUAAGAGUAAUGCAUUGUUGCAUUGGGAAGUUUCUGUUGAUGACGAUGACGAUGGUGACGGUGGUGGUGAUGGCUGAGACGGUGGCGAUGGCGGUGGCGGCGGCAACGAUAAUAGCGGUGGUGUUGAAGGUGUGUAUGAAGUAGCAGAAAGAGUCGAUCUUAAGAAUGGUGUGAUGGGAGAUAGCGAUGAUGACGAAGAUAAUGAAGGUGAUAAUGAAGGUGAUAAUAGGUGUGUUUUUUAUUACCACCGGUCUUAACUGGACAAAAAAAACGCCUCGGGGCUUAACCUGAAAUCUUGGCAGCACUGUAUAUUGAAUGUUCCGAAAACAACAGACACAACAAAAAUUUAGAGUUGUCAUAUUUUUCGCUUUCGUCAUUUUCUUGUAUUUUUCAUGUAUGUUUUACAAAGAGAUACAAAAAUGUAUGCUAGCAAAACUAUUUUAAUACAUUUUGUCCUUGCAAACGUGAGUUUUCACGAUUUUAAACAAAUUCUAAACAAUUUAUGAAAAAAAUAGUUUGGUAGCACAGAUUUAAAACUCUUCAAAAAGUUAAGCCCAGAGAAUUCUCCGGGCUUAACAACUAAGCCCAAGGGGCUAAAGUGUUGUUGCAUUUAACAUGUAAAUUGCUUAGCCCCGACUGCGUUUUUUUUGUCCAGUUAAGACCGGUGGUAAUAAAAAACACACCUAAUGAUGCCGACGAUGGUGAAGUUGGUGUUUGGCAAAUUAUGGCUGAUGUAAGAGACUCGGAGGCUCGGGUUGUAUGGUUUGCGUUUUCUCUUUCCUGUCCAGAGUUAAAAAAUAUUUAACUUGAACAUGAAUGGGCCAGAGCGAAGAGUCCAUGACUGUUGAUAAAUGUUCAUGUGACACACUCAAUUUAAAUGUAACGAAUUUAAGUUCAGAAACAUUUGCAUCCUUUUUUACUAACAUAAAACAUUUAAAUGAAUCUGUAGGAAUGUUUGUUUUUGAAGAUAUGAAUUUAAUAAUGUCAUCGGGAGUAGUUGUGUUAGCAAAACGAGAUAGAUGAAGCCAUUUUAUUUUUGGUAUAGCACUUAAAUCUGUUGACGUAUCGGUGCCAAUAAUUUUCAUUUCUCUUUUCUUUUUUGGGGGUUUUUUUUUUUUACUCACAACAACAAACUCGGCGGUUUUAGAAUCAUUUUUAUUUGAAGGUCCGGGAUUAUUAUUAUUUAAUGAAGGGUCAUUGAUUGAGAUAAAUUCCAUUUCCGAAUUUUCAGUUAAAUUGUUAUUGACACCAGGCAUAUCACUAUUUUCGCGAUUUAAAUCAUUGCUUAUUUGCAAGACCUACAAAAAAUACAAAACCUAAUUGUAAAAAUUUUAUUAAAAUCAAAAAAUGGUACAAACUAUCAAACAAACGACGAUGUCCCAUUAGAUAUAGAGAACUUGGCUUCCUGAAGGUAAAAAAACUUUUCGAACUCAACGUAGUUGAAGAAUACUGCUAUGAUGAACGAAAUAAACAGUCAAUCAACCAUUUGUAUGAUACCAGCAGAAAAACCCAUGGAUUCCUGCAAACACCAAGAUUUAAAAAUUCAUACGGCGGACAAACACUAUCGGUUAUCUUUCCAAGCAUUUUCAAUCGUCUUCGAUUGAGCUUCGAAACAUCAAUGGAAACAGCUUAAGAAUGAAACUUCUUAAAAAAACCUUAUCCAUCAAAAUUAAUUUAAAAAUCUUAUACUAAAAAUAUGAAUCUUUUUUUUUUUCCUUUCAAUAUAACUUUAUGUUUAUACACAUAACUUAUGAAAUUAACUUUCUGCAGAAAAGCCUAAAAAGGCUUUGUAGAUUUUUUAUGUAAGCAAAUGUUUUUGUAAUAUGAAAUAAUAAAGAAGAAAGAAAGAAUUAAAAUUUUCAAACUUUUGUAUUCGAUAUUAGAACGCGUAUUGCUAUUUCCAUAGCAUUUUAAUGAUAGAUGGCUCACUAAUUGUUGUAUAACUUUUGCAGUUUAUAAGAUAAUCUUAUGAAACUUUUUUUCAUUUCUUUUGCGAUUUUUAUAAGAGUCGAAAUCGAUUGAAUCAGAAUUUUGGUUGGGGCAUCGUUGUUUAUAAACUUUUUUAAUGUUUUAUAGUGAUAAAAUGUAUUUUCAUCAUGUAGGUGUAUAAGAUUUUUUUUUAUUAGAAAAAAAGCUUCGUCACUUUGUUGUUAAAGCGCUUUACCAUUUAUUAUUGUUUUGAUGAAACAAAAAUAAAAUAAUAAAUUUGAUCUAGGAGAAUCCAAUGGAAUUACUAAAAUUUAAUUUUUAGUUAGUUUGAAGGGUUAAGGAAAAGUGUCAAAAUAAACUCUUUAAGCAUUUUAGUCGUGGGGCUAAGCGGGUUUUUGGGAUGUUUUUGUGUCAGCGAAAUUCUUUGCAUUGUGUAAUAUUCGCUCGUGCCGUGAAAUAGGUAAAGGAUUAGAUAUGUGGGUGCAUUGGUUUUUAGGUGUGUAAAAAUAUGUUUUGACAUUUGACAUGUACACUAUGAUUGAUUUGCAUAGAUUGAUUUCUGGGUUGUAUUGUUUAUUUAUUAUAUUACACUCACGCGUGCGUGCGUGAAAAUGCGUUUUUGUGAUUUUCUCGGCUCCUGUUUAUCGUAGAAUCGAUCUUGUUUUUCAAAAAACUUAUUCUUUAAUUUUUUUUUAUUAUACAUUUUUUUGUAUUGUUUCUGUAAAAAAAGUUAGGUAUUGAUGUAAAAUUUUUGGAGAUGAUAGUGAGUUUUACUUUUUUUCAAUUUAGGUUCAUCUGAGCGAAAAAGUUCUUAUAAUAACUUUGGUAAAUCUCAAACAUUAUAACUUGCCAAAAGACCAAGCAGAUCUGGCCUAGGCUAGAUCCAAAACGGUCAAAAAAUUUAUUGUCUCUAAGCAGAUUGCAUAUCAGCUCUGUAAUAUGUGUCUUAACAGGACACUGUCUCAUAGGUAGACACGCCAUAAGACUUGGCGUAGUCUCUAACGACUUCUGUAGAAGUUGCCUUGAUGAGGAAGAAGAAGAAACAAUCCAACAUCUUCUCUGCUCAUGUCCUGCCCUUUCCAGUAGACGUAAAAAAUACUUGGAAAAAUAUUUCUUAGAAGAUACUAGUGAACUAAUAAAUACUGACAUCUUCAACCUUCGCCGCUUCAUUAAAAGCUCCAACUGGUUUAAUUAGUGAGGAAUUUCCUUGCAAAAUCAUGGUAUCACAACGGACCAAUAAGUGGUCUAAGUGUGUCAGUCGUUUUCCUGACAGCCAUUUCUACCUAACCUAACCUAACCUAACUUUGGUAAAACUUUAAAUUUCCUACAACUUUUUUUCACAAGAAUCAAAAUAUACUUUUCUGAAGGUAUUUGUUGUGCCGAUUUCUGAUCCGAAGUCAGAAAAAAUUUCCGAUACAAAUGGAAUUCAUAAUAAUGUGGAAAAAAAUUCUCAAGUAUGAAAAAACAAAAAGUUAAAGAACAUGAAAAUCAAUCCUGUGUACCUAUCUACCUACUCAUAUUUUUAUACACACUGCACAGUGCACAUAGAUACUGUCAAGUACAUUAUAACCAAAGAAACCAUAUAUAGGUAAGAUAUAACACAUCCUCUAACCUCUACCUACUUUUCCGCUGAGCAAUCAUAGUAGUUACACAAAUUUCUCUGAUAUACAAAAAACUCAAAUGCCAUCCAUAACAACAACAUGAAAACAAGUUUCUUUUUUACCGACUUCCAAAAAGGAGGAGGUAAUCAAUUCAUCUGUAUUUUUUUUUUUUAAUUCUUUUUUUUUGUGUUUGUUACCUCCUAACAUUGGACUAAGUAAACCAAUCUUGAUAAUUCUUUUGGUACUUAUUGCUGUAGAAACUAUUAUUGCUAUGAGAAAACCCAUAAAACCCAGUUUUGAUCCAUGGAAGUUGGUUUUGUUUUUUUUUAGGUUUUGAUGGUUGGUUGUUUGCGGUACAACUGAAAUUAAAGCAGGUUAUUUAAAUUUUACAAUUGUGGUUUCAGAAAGGGUUAAUCAUUGACUGAGUAAAUAAAAAAGUAAUUAGUCGUUAGGUAACAAUACAAAUGUGGUAGUAAGGAAUGCCCAGUUAAUUUGUGCAGGUAGGUGCGUAAUAGAAUCAUAUCCUUAAAAAAUAUGCAAUAAUGCGAUUUGGGAUGAUUGUUUUUAAAACAAAUUACUAUUUUUUCGGGUAGGUACAUUAGGGAAAUUACAAAUCUGCAUGAAAGGGUUACUGUAGAAGGCUCUGGAAUGCAGGCAUUUGUUAAAGAGUGUAUAAAAAUCGGUGGUAAAUACGGAGAACAUGUUAACCUGAAAGACAUGCUUCCCACUGGAACAACCAUAAGCAACAAUAUAAAAAAUAUUAAAGACUAAUUAGUGGAAAUAGUUAAAACAGAAUGAUAUGAAUGAAAAGUGUCAUAAUUUUUAACUUAAUUUAAUUUAUUCAAUUUUUUGUAUCUAACAUUAAGUUUUAUUAAAUUUUUCUUUUUUUUUUCUGUAUUUUAUUUAUUUUUAUUCUAAUAUGUUUUUCUUCAUUUCAUUAUCUUUUCAAAUUAAUUAAUUUUAAUAAAACUAAUGUGAAUUGCUUUUGUGUACCAAACUGAUUCUAUUUUUAUUUAUGCUAUAAGAAAAACCACCCUCGAAAACUUUGAACAUUUCCUUUCUAGUUCGAGUAAAUUCGAUCACAUUGAUCAUGAACAUUUUGUUCACGAUUUUUUUACUCGAUUUCACUCGAACAGAAAAAUGAUCGUUUGAACUCGUUUGAAAUGUAGGGUUACUUACGAGUCAUCAUACUCGUAAACAGGAAAGCUGGAACAUAUUUGAGUUGUGUUGAUUCUGUUUGUUCGAGAUCGUUUUUUACUUGCUCUAUAGGGCAAGUAUUGGUUUCGUGUAGAAAAAAAAAAUCGAGGUUUUAAUCAAAACCAACAUUACGAUGAUGGAGAAGAUCAAAAAAGUGGGUUUCGUCAUGCCGUCCGUCGGUCUGUGCGUGUGUGCGUCUGUGCGUCUGUGCGUCCAUCUGUACAUGGAGCUAGGGCCUAAACGGAUGGAUGGAUUUGCUUGAAAUUUGGUACAGAUGAUUUUUACGUAAUUCCCUAGGACCAUUUUUUUUAUUUUUUUAAUAUCUCCAAUUUAACGCAUAUCUCCCAUAUAACGUUUUCGAGGUAUUUCAAAUUUCUCGAAAACGGCUCUAACGAUUUCGUUUAAACUUGGUGUGCGCAGUACUCUUAUUGAUUCUAACAAAACUGCGUUUUUAGUUCUUCUCAAAAAAAUGCCGAGAGCGGAAAUAUGGCGUUGCCGUUUCUCAAAAAUUGACAUGUUUUUAAGUUCAUAUAUUUCAUCAAAGCAUAAGUCAAUUUUUUCAAAAUUUACAGACAUCAUAGGUAUUGAAAUGUAAAAUGUAAACAAAAAAAAAUAAAAAAAAAAUUUUUUUCAAAAAACAUUUAAAAAAUUGAAUUUUUUUAACUUUCGAUUUUUUUUUUGUUUUUAUUUUUUUUUCUCCACAAAAUCUUAAAUUUCCAAUAGAUAUUUAAGAUAAAGAUGCUUUGAACUACAAGAGCAAGUACGUGCGACCCAGUCGUGCAUUUUAUUUCGAGUAAGUAGGGUAGAUUUGCCUAUUUCGGCCGUCUCGUCGUCAAACGUUAUAACUUGUGAUUUCGUAGGCUUUAUUCCAAAAUUUCGCUCUUAUGAUGUUCUUACAUAUAAAUGAACAGCAUAAGAGCAAAAUUUUGGAAUAAAGCCUACGAAAUCACUAGUUAUAACGAUUUUCCCAAAGGUGGCCGGAAACUGGAGACGGUCGCAAAUAGGCAACUCUACCCUACUCGAUGUUUGUAAACAAUACUCGACUCGUUUGAUUCUCUGGUACAGCUGCGGUCAAAAAAAUAGCAGUGCAUCGAAAAAUAUUUUAUGUAAAACAUAAAACAUAAAAAGAGUUUCGACGUUGGAUUUAUUUUUUAGUAAAACUAUUUCAGAUACAUUCUAGAUUAAUUUUUAGUAUGAAUGAAAUUUAAUUUAUUGCUAAUAGCUAAGCAAUUAUCCAAAAACAAAAUAAACCUAAAAAUUAAGCGGUCAAAAUAAUAGCAGUGAUUUUCUUUUUCUAGUAAAUUUAAAUGAAACAAAGGCACAAAAAGUUCAAAUAAACGGUAUUUAACUUGGCAAAAGCUAGCAUUUGCUCCCUUGACCUUUAUUUUUAAUUAAAGCUUGGCAAAAACCAUUUAUGGGGUCGACAAGUCGCUGAGAUCUGUGAGGUGUUUUAGCUCACCAAACCUGCUCAACAACGGUCCAUAACUGCCGUUAUGUUUGGGUUUUGCUUUAUAAACUUCUUCUUUUAUAUAUUCGCCAUGAUUCUAGAAAAGAUCGAGGUCCAAAGACUAAGCAGUCCACUCCAUAAGCUAAAUCUUAAUGUUUUGAAACCAUUGUUUGGCUGCUCUCCUGAAGUAUUUUGGGUUAUUAUCUUGUUGGAAGACCCAUUUAAGCGGUAUUUUGAAGUCGACGUAUAGCAGCAUACUGUUUUACAAGAUAUCCAGGUACUACUGCUGGUUUAUUUUAGUUUUAAUCUAAUAUAAUAGACCAAGUCCGUAGUAGGACAAGUUCCCCCAAACCAUUAUACUGGAUCCUCCGUGUUUAUAAUUUUUCUGCUAUACCUAGGGUUAUAUUUCGUGUUUGGUAGUACUACCGAGACCCUUUGCCACCAUGCGGAAUCAAUUUGCUAUCAUCAGUCCAGAGAAUAUUCCAGGGUCCAGUAUACGAAUUUGGAGAAAAUCAGGGCCCGCGCCUAAAAAUCUUUCUAACUACUUUCCUCCUUUCGUAUAUGCAACGAAUUGUUGCUAUGCCUUAGUGUAUGGAGAAAAACAUGAAAGAGCCGAAUAACAAUAUACAUACUUGAAAGAGCUAGUAAAAAUGCUAAGUCUAUUCAUUUGAAUGUUGAUAAACUAUAAAGCCUACAAUUGGGUGAAGCUAAUCAUGUGGGAGAGGUAGCGCAGUGCGUAGUGUACUGGCUUCUGAACUCGCUUGGUCUAGGUUCAAUACUCAAGUGUGACGGAAAAAGUUUUUCAAAUUAAAUGAAAAAUUACUAGACUAAGCACCACAUACAAAAUGGAAUAAAGGAGUAUGAUGAUCGGAUUGGCGUCCGUGAAACAGUACUGUAACUCUAGCCAUAAAACACUUGGUGGUAGCACCUUCAAGAUGUUGUUGUUGUUGUUCAAAGAUUAUAAUGUAAUUGACGGAAUAAAAAGCAGUCACUGCAAGUAUGUAAACAUACAGAAAAACUGAAACUUAAUGAUGAAAAAUAAUCAGGGCCCGCGCAUAAAAAUCUUUCUAACUACUUUCCUCCUUUCGUAUAUGCAACGAAUUGUUGCUAUGCCUUAGUGUAUGGAGAAAAACAUGAAAGAGCCGAAUAACAAUAUACAUACUUGAAAGAGCUAGUAAAAAUGCUAAGUCUAUUCAUUUGAAUGUUGAUAAACUAUAAAGCCUACAAUUGGGUGAAGCUAAUCAUGUGGGAGAGGUAGCGCAGUGCGUAGUGUACUGGCUUCUGAACUCGCUUGGUCUAGGUUCAAUACUCAAGUGUGACGGAAAAAGUUUUUCAAAUUAAAUGAAAAAUUACUAGACUAAGCACCACAUACAAAAUGGAAUAAAGGAGUCUGAUGAUCGGAUUGGCGUCCGUGAAACAGUACUGUAACUCUAGCCAUAAAACACUUGGUGGUAGCACCUUCAAGAUGUUGUUGUUGUUCAAAGAUUAUAAAAAUACCGUUUAUUUGAACUUUUUGUGCCUUUGUUUUAUUUAAAUUUACUAGAAAAAGAAAAUCACUGCUAUUAUUUUGACCGCUUAAUUUUUAGGUUUAUUUUGUUUUUGGAUUAUUGCUUAGCUAUUAGCAAUAAAUUAAAUUUCAUUCAUACUCAAAAUUAAUCUAGAAUGUAUCUAAAAUUGUUUUACUAAAAAAUAAAUCCAUUAUCGAAACUCUUUUUAUGUUUUAUAUUUUAUUUGAAAUAUUUUUCGAUGCACUGCUAUUUUUUUGACCGCCACUGUACCUACACACUCCAAAAAUCUUUCAUGAAAAUCCAAACCAGUUUUUAUAAUGUCUACCACGCCACAUGAAAAAAAAUUAUUCUAAUAAGCAUAUAUGUAACUUAAAUUUAGAGUGUAUUGAAGAAAAAAAAAUUAUUCUUUUUGUCGUUCCUGUCAUGAAUUUCGAUGUUUUGUAUUUUGUUUUAAACAAUAAAUUAAUUUUAAAGUUUAUAUUUUUCCGAUUUGUAAUUUCCUUUUGCUAUGACGCUCUCCUUAUAUGUAUUUAUUAAAGGUAUAUUUUCACUUUAACUAGAAUGACAAACUUUUUUUUACGCUGUUGAAUCCUAACAGAUUAAACUUACAACAGCAAUAGUUUUUUUUAAACAAGUGUUGAUAUUUUGUUUCGUAUAUUUGAUGAACCUCUUCAAACAAGUCUUAGUAAUGCCUUCCUUUGAUAAAUAGAAGUUGUUCUUAAGGAGGCAUUUUCUAACUUAAAUAUACAAGUGUUCGUCAGAACUCUUAGUAGCCCUCUAAGAAGCCUUUCUUUGCUUCUACACUGAACCAAAAAUUGUACAUAAAAUUUAUGAACGGCGUUCAUUAACUUGAAAUUAAUGUACGGUUCACGGAAUUAAUGCACCAUCCCUUAAUUCAAUGAACUAUUCAUUAAAAAUAAAAUUAUGAACCGACAAACGUUCAUUAAUCUUGUUCAUUAAAAUCCGUUUUUGUCUUAAUUUUUUUUAUGAACGGUUAUUCAUUGAAUUAAUGAACCUGUACAUUAAGACAAUGAAUACCAUUCAUUAAAAUCAAUGAUCGUUCAUUAAUUCAAUUUUUUUUAGCCGUUCAUAAAAAAAAUUUAUGAACCUGUUCAUUAUCCCUAUGAACCUGUGUGUUAAAACAAUGAACGCCAUUCAUUAAAAUCAAUGAACCAUUCAUAAAUUCAAUGAACAGCCGUUCAUAAAUAUCCGAAACACUUUUUGAUAAAAGAUUCUAUGAACCUGUUCGUUAAAACAAUGAACGCCAUUCAUUAAAAUGGAUGAACCAUUUAUUAAUUCAAUGAACAGCCGUUCAUAAAUAUCCCAUACACUUUUUGAUAAAAGAUUCUAUGAACCUGUUCGUUAAAACAAUGAACGCCAUUCAUUAAAAUCAAUGAACCAUUCAUUAAUUCAAUGAACAGCCGUUCAUAAAUAUCCGAUACACUUUUUGAUAAAAGAUUCUAUGAACCUGUUCGUUAAAACAAUGAACGCCAUUCAUUAAAAUCAAUGAACCAUUCAUAAAUUCAAUGAACAGCCGUUCACAAAUAUCCGAUACACAUUUUGAUAAAAGAUUCUAUGAACCUGUUCGUUAAAACAAUGAACGCCAUUCAUUAAAAUCAAUGAACCAUUCAUAAAUUCAAUGAAUAGGCGUUCACAAAUAUCCGAUACACAUUUUGAUAAAAGAUUCUAUGAACAUUUCGUUAAAACAAUGAACGCCAUUCAUUAAAAUCAAUGAACCAUUCAUUAAUUCAAUGAACAGCCAUUCAUAAAUAUCCGAUACACUUUUUGAUAAAAGAUUCUAUGAACCUGUUCGUUAAAACAAUGAACGCCAUUCAUUAAAAUCAAUGAACCAUUCAUUAAUUCAAUGAACAGCCGUUCAUAAAUAUCCGAUACACUUUUUGAUAAAAGAUUCUAUGAACCUGUUCGUUAAAACAAUGAACGCCAUUCAUUAAAAUCAAUGAACCAUUCAUUAAUUCAAUGAAUAGCCGUUCAUAAAUAUCCGAUAGACUUUUUAGUGAAAGAUUCAUAAUUUUCUAUGAAUCUGUUCGUUAAAACAAUGAACACCAUUCAUUAGAAUCAAUACACAUUCACUAAUUCAAUGUUUGUGAGAUGUUUUAUUUUACAAAAGUCGCUAUUACUUCUAAACAAAAGCGAAAAUCAAAAAAACUUAUUUAAUAUAUUCUGUCGGAAAUUAGAAAAUCUACUACUUUUAUACAUGACAAUUUUUCAAAAAAAGCAAAAAUAGAAAAGAUAUGACGAAAAAAGAAAAAAUUUCAUGUCUUUUUGUUUGCGAGGUGUUUUAUUUCACAAAAGUCGCCAUUACUUCUAAACAAAAGCGAAAAUAAAAAAAAACUUAUUUAAGUUUCAAAGUUUAUUCGUUAAAUACUAACGAUAUACACAAGUACAUUUUCUUAAAAUUAAAAUUACAUUUAUAGGUAUUAUAUUAUUACAAAACUAAAAGAAAAACUUACAUAUAAUGUACAUUAUGGGUUAUUUUGAAUAAAAAAUAUUUUUUUAAAGUUAAGUGAUUUUAUAUUUUCAAUGCUGGAGUUAUUUAUAUUUGAAUUUUUAUUGUAAAUAUUGAUUAAAAGAUUUAAAGGGCUAUUAGCACCGUAGUUUGAUCUACUGAAAAUGUUAGAAAUUGGCAACUGCCUUCUCAAGCUAUACUGACUAGCAAUGAAAUUUAAUCGACAGAGGAUCGAUGGAGCUGAAAUCGAUCCAUUUAUUAUCCCGACAAUAAAACAAAAUUGUAGAUACGCUCUGUGACUGGUAAGAAAUGGAAGAUUUAUUAGAUUAAUACGUUGAGCGUAAGGUGGCAAGUUAAUUCGAUUUGACCAUGGUAGAAAUCUUAAGCAAAAUCUCAUAAAUCUUCUUUGAACGGACUCCAAUCUAUUUAUAUGAACCGCAUAAUAUGGCGCCCAUAUAACGCAACCAUAUUCUAAAAUGGAUCUUACGAAUGAGACAUAAAGAGUUUUUAAAACGUAAGGGUCACGAAAUUCCCGAGCAAAUCUUUUGAUAAAACCAAGAGUCAUGUUAGCUUUUUUAAUAAUGUAGUCAAAAUGGUCAGUAAAAGUUAAUUUUGAGUCCAAUACUAUCCCAAGGUCAGUGAAACUAGACAAAUUGGUUAGUGGUGAUAGAUUAAUAGCAUAAUUAUAUAAUAUAUUCUGUCGAAAAUAAGAAGAUCUACAACUAUUAAAUCUGACAAUUUUUCAAUAAAAGCAAAAAUAGAAAAGAUAUGACGAAAAUAAAAUAAAUCCUAUUUUCUUCUUUUUAUAAAGGCGCCAAAACUUAAUAAACCAUUCAUUAUUUUUAUGAACCAUUCAUUAUUUCAAUUAUUCGUUAAGAUUCAUAUUUAACGAAUACAUUUAUUGUCGAAGUGAGCUUGUUCAUGAAUUUAAUAAACAUGUUCAUAGAUUUAAUGAACGUGUUCAUUGAUUUAAUGAACAUGUUCAUUGAUUUAAUGAACGUGUUCAUUGAUUUAAUGAACCGUUCAUUAAUUCAAUGUAUAGUUAAUCAAAACUUAACGAAGGGCAACUUGCAUGUUGCAGUGAUCACACUUUUAAAAAGUGUAUCAAAUUAUGAACAAGGUUUUCAUAUCAUUUAACGAAUACAUUUAUUGUGGAAGUGAGCGUGUUCAUGAAUUUAAUGACUGUGUUCAUAGAUUUAGUGAACGUGUUCAUAGAUUUAAUGAACGUGUUCAUUGAUUUAAUGAACCGUUCAUUAAUUCAAUUUAUAGUUAAUCAAAACUUAACGAAGGGCAACUUGCGUGGUGCAGUGAUCACACUUUUAAAAAGUGUUUCAAAUUAUGAACAAGAUUUUCAUAUCAUUUAACUUUUUACUAAAGUAAUAAUUUUAUUCAGUUUGCAGGUUUCAAAAUAACCCUUUUUAUGAGUAUGAGAAUAAAAUGUUUUGAGACCACAUUUGACAGGUGUCGAAAUAUCAUUUUUUUUAACCAAGUUGGGGAAUCAAAUAAGACGGGGCUUAUUACCUAGUGUAUUUUUUUUUUUUUUUUUGUACAUAAUAAGUAGUUUUGUGUUUUGUUUUUUGUUCUCAUUUUGAAAGUUUUCUUGCUCACACAAACAUUUAUCUCGGUUGAACAACCGUUCGUAUCAAUGUGAACAGUAGUUAACGACACAAGGAGAUGUAAAUGUUGUUAAAUGUGAAAACCCUUUUAGUUCUUAUUUUUUGGUGUCGUUUUAUCGGUUGUUUGUGCUUUCAACAUGAAAGCAAAUUUUAAGUAAAUUUUUUUUACUGUGAUUGUCAAUAUUCUUACAAUACAUAUAUUUAAAAGAUAUUACCUUUUGUGUAUUAACUGUGCUCUGUGCACAUAGUUCACCCUUAAAUUUUAAAGAACACGUAAAAUAAAGUGAGACCACUACUUGUUGAUACGUAGAACGAAAGAAUUUCUUUCGUUAAAUGAUGUAGCCGGCGCACAGUGGGACGACUCUAUGGGAAAAUCGGCAUUUCUUAUAUCUUAUGUUUAAGAGAUUGAAACCACGCAAAGUCGCAUUAAGACGUCUAUUUACACCUAAAUCUACAAAUGAAACAUGAAAACCUAAUCAUUGAAAAAGUUUUAGCAAGGAAAAUCAUUUUCAUUUAAUUAAAAGAGCUGAGCAGCGAACUUUUUUUUGGGAUUUUAUUCUUAUUAUUAUUUUUUCUCUUCUUUUAAUUAAUUUAUAUUUAUGAAAAGUAGACCUAACAAUAACAUUGAUAUUAACAUAAUAUGUAACAUAUAAAAACAAAAAAAAAAAAAAUAACAAAAUAAAGAUACAAGCAUUUUAUUCGGUUUCCAUUUCGGAGUUAUAACUUAAUUCGCCCGGGUUAAGUUCUGCUGUAAAACUAAGAUCCGUAUCAUUGGUUACUAAAUAUUGGCAUAUAUCUCGAUCAUAACUUGAUAUGUGUGGGUUUUUUGACCGGAAAUGUGACAACUGCGGAUCAGAUGAAAUCAGUAAAUGAUUAACUAAAUCUGUCAUAGUAUGAUUUCUCGACGUUUUUCUGGUGUGAUCUAAUCUAGCUUUUCGUAUUUCCUUAUGGCUUGCUUCUAAGGCUUCUUCUGAAAGGACACCAAUUGGUAGUUCGAAAAAACUUAUUAUAUCCUUCCCAUGAAUCAGAAGUUUGUGCACGCUGCACAUAGGAGUAUUUCGAUCAAAAACCUGGACAAAAUUAGUUUUUGAAGUAAAAGUAAUUAUUUUUGCUAAAAAUUAUUAUUUAUGCAAGGAAAUAAUUUUUUUUCAGCAAAACUUUGAAAACGCUUGUGAGAAGAAAAACUAAAAAAAAUAGUAUGAAAUUUAAUACACCCAAAAUGUAAAAAAAUUAAAAUCUAAAAUAUUAGACCUUCUAGAAUGGAACCAUUGUGAUUUUUAGGCUUAGUGAAUCCAAAUGUAUUAAUAUCAAUAAAAAAAAUUUCUGGAAAAUGUUAACAACCAGUUAAAAUUAAACGUAGGGCGUAUGAGUGAUUUUUCUAAUAGUGAAAAUUUCACUCGCAAAUUAUUUUGUUAAUCGCAAAAAAUCGCACCCAAUUUUUUGAUAUUAAAUUUAAAGAAUAGUCAAAGUUAUCAUAAAUCUAUGUAUCGAAGCAGAAUAGGAGGGAAUACUAUAACAAAACACUUAGACUUUAAAAAAAAGUAAAUAAAAAUAUCUAUAUGUGGCAGACUCUUUUCCCACUGUCAUUUACUCAAACAAAAAAAAAUUAAUAUUUCCAUAACUACUCUUUAAUUAUUAUUCAAUACCUGCAAUUGUAUUUUUCAUAUGAAAAUUUAAUGUUUAAAAGCACACUUGCUCACAAUCAAUCUCUAAAUAUACUCACCAAAUCAGCAAAAAUUACAAAAAAAAUUCCAGAAAAUAAACAGCUGACUUUGAACUUGUUUUGACACACCAAACACUUUACCACAAAAAAAAAGAAGUCCAUUGUAUGAUCCCAUGUAUAUUUAGCAUCCGCUUUGUAAAAACUUUAAUUCAAAAUUUUGAUUUUUAGAAAAUCGACUUUUGUCCAGCUUUUCGACCAGAAUACUCCUAUGUGCGCUGCUUGGCAUGUAGUACCAAUUGUAUUUUCUUAAAUAAAUGCUCUUUGUUUCUUCAAGCAGCUUCACAAAAUUUUGAAUGUUUAUUUGACGACCACAUGCGAUUGUUCGUAAAACAAUUCCAAAAUUGAAAAUCAGGUCCUUGUCAACACCAGUAAUUUCAGAGCUAAGCUCUGGAUUUGCGAAAAAUUUCCUCGCAGUAUUCCCAUCAUUGGUAGUCCCAUAUCCUGGCUUAGGAAUGUCGACAAGGAGCCCCAUUCUUUCUCUAAAAUUUUGUUGGAUCUGUUUUUUCCUUUCCUCGAAUAUUAUUUUAUUCUCUUCUCCACGAACUGCCCAAACUUGGAGUGGUAGUCUAUAUGCGAUGUGGAGCAAACAUUCGAAGCACCUUAUCCAGGAAUGAAGAGAUGACAUGCCGUAUUUGUAAUUUUCGGCAUUUGGUGUUCGUUCCGCAAUGGUUAAUAAAUUCAUUUGAGAAGGUUUCGCUCCACAAAUGUAACAGUUUUGAGCUGCGUUCGCUCCACUUAAUGCAUUUAUCGCACUCCCAUCAAGCAUUGUCAACAACAUUCUAUAUGAAACCGAAAUGUGUUUGCCAUCAAUUGAAGCUUCAUAGCGUACAAGCUCUGAAAUAGCCUUUUCCAUUUUGCUUUGCUCAGAUCUAAUGAGCGCACUAUUUUCUUUUGCAAAAAUUAAUUUUAUCGGUCUGCAGAAUAGGGUCGAACCUGGUCGAGAAUUUACCCAAAUUUCUUUUUCAUUUACAGAAUCCAACAGUUUAAGAGGCACUAGAGCUGUGACAAAUAAGAAGCUGUCUGUAUCGGUUCGACUAUUCUCAAAAAUUUGUUUAUAGUUGCUGUGUCCAGAACUUCCAUCAAAACCCCAUUUACAAACUAAAUUAAAGGUUUGGCUUUGGCUUGUUUUUUCCAAUGCUCCUUCAGUUUCGUUUACUACGUUCAGUAUACUUUUCGAAGUUUUAUCAAGCAAGGAUUGCAAAUUAACGUCCGCCAUAGUUUCUGAAACAACAGCAACUUCUGGCAAUAUGUCGGACUUAUAUUUUUGCAAUUUAUAGUAACUUGGAAAGAAAUCCUUAUGUAUACUGUUAACCACAGACCGAAGUAAAGCAUAUUUUCUUUUUGACAAAUCCAAGUCCAAGUAAAGUGCUAGGGUUUGCUGUAGUGACAAGGUUUUGUCAUUUAUACCUGAAGGACGACCAGUCAUUUUUGCCGCAUAUUCCAACUCCUCUGGAAUGUGUUGUGAAACAAGUUCUUGAACUCGGCGUUUUUUGGUGCGAUCACUACACAUUUCAAAGCUUUUAUUUGGCCUUCCCUUGCUCGUACUUGGCAUGUUUUGAUUACACUAUAAUUUAUAAAUGUUUAAAAAAAAUGUAUGAAUUUUUUUUAUUUUUUUUAUUUUUUGAUUUAUUUUAAUCCAAGCAUUUUUUAUUAAAGUGGUUAAACUUCAUAAUUACUUUUACCAUUUACACAGUCAACGUACAUAAAUGAACGAAGUACAGACACUUAACAGUACUGGAGCGAUUGAGACUAUUGGCUGUGACAACACAAGAUACUGACACAAGAAAGACACUUAGAAACAAAGAAAGAACAUAUAUUAAAUUUUAUAGAUAAUACUGGUUUGAGAAGUAUUUCUUGUUUUAAACUGAUGUUAUCACUUACGCAAUCAAGUAUAGCCUUAGGUAUAUUAAGAUAAGAAUCCAGCCAUGAUUCGUUAGCACUCAUGAACCGAUUUAGUGUUCUGGAAGACUGUUCCCACUUCUGCUUUACCCUGAGGCAAUAAAAUUUAGCAACUUCCUUUAUUUGCAUUUCCAGCUCUCCUGUGGACUCUUCUAAACCAAGGAGUUGUUGUAUUCUUAGGCAAACGUUAUCAAAUUUGCUUGUUCUGGCACUAUCCAGCCAAGUUUCUAAAAUUUGGCCAUUUUUGAUACAGGGGGUUGCACCUAAAAAACAUGAUUUUGAGUACUGGGGGCAAAAUGGGGCAAGUUUUUUUUUUUUGAUUCCGUUAGAGGACACUUUACUGAGUCUAAAACCAUUAAAACCCCAGAAAGCCUUUUAGGUGUAAAAAAGAAAAUCUAACUUAAAGUCAAAAAAAUUUUUUAUUUUUUUUUUUUUAUCCACACUUGAAAAAUCACGAAUAAAAAAAAACACAACAAAACAAAAAUAUUCUUGUUAUUAAAUAUUAAUUAAAAUACCUUGAUAAGUGUUAUUAUCCAUUAUUAAAUUAAUUUUUUACCGCACACAAAAUUUUAGGAGUUAUAGAAAAUACAAUUAAAAACACCUGAUUUUUUACCACGAAAAAAAAAUUAAAUUUGACAAUGUUUGCCGCUCUAUUACUUUUACACUAAUGAGUCAAUGCAAAUAAUUUUGAUGCAGUUAGAACCUUAAUAUAUUUGGGAUGACUUACCAAUCACUCAAAAGUACCGCAAUAACAUUCGAUUUUUUUAUUUAUUGCUAUGGGUCGUCCCACUGUGCGGCGGCGGCGUCCCCAAGCCAUUCAGUGUGAAUGUCUGAUCGAUAAGAGGAGCUAUUCAGCGGAGAGCUGAAGCAAAAAUAAAAAGUAAGUAUUUUAUUAGAUUACGUAGUAAUUUUUUAUUUAAAAGUAUUUAUUUAUUAAAAGUACACAUUUAUUUUGAUAAAUAAUUUGUUUUUCAUCUAGUACAGGAAAGAUAGACUUUUUCGUGGAACGAAAUACAGGACGGCUGAUUUUUUCAAAUAUGAGAGAAGGGUAUUAGAAAAGCUUAAGUCCUGGUUUUCGGGACGCCAACCCCCUGGCGAAAUCCACCAUUUUGAAAAACCCGAAUUGGUCUAUAUAGACCGGUCAAAUUAGACUAAAAUGAGGGGGUGAGGUUACAUUAAUUCCCAGGAAGCUGAAAAUUGGUAGGAUUGUUGGAAACACCAUCAUAAAUUAAAUCUGAAAAGUCCUUAUCGAUCCGAGGUCUGGAAAAAAAUUUACGGGGGGUCAAAGGUCAUAAAAACUGGUUUUUCACGAUUUUCAGCAAAACGGUUAGUCUUAUCAAAAAAAUUUCAAUCCAAGAAUUGUAGACCAGAUUAUUCUAUAUAAAAAGUGGCAUGACACUUUUUUUCCUAAGACCCACCGUUUCUUAGGUAUAACGAUUCAAAAAGUUGAAGUUGAGUUGUAAUCGUCAUAAUCAGGCCUAUUCUAAAAAAAAACUCCUAAUUGAAAAGUUCCUGAAAUUUCAUUAUUUUUUACUUCCUUAUUCCCCUUAGACGAGAAUAUUUUUAAGAAAGUUGGCCACUUAGGUUUCUAUAGAUUUAUUUUUUACCACAGGUGUUUAAAAUUUUUCAUAAAAUACUUUUUUUACAUUUUGCAUCAAAAAAUAGAUUUCAAAAUUUUUUUUACGAAAAUAUGCAAUAGCUAUGCAGUUUUUAAAGCAUUUUUGUACUCAUACAAUUAUUGUAGAAAAUUAUAAAAAAAAGAAAUAAAUAAAAUUCAUUCAUUCGUGGUUGUAGUGAACGAAAACAUAAGAUGAUAAAAUUUAAAAUACACUGAACGAAAAAAAGCCAAUAUUUUAUGAACUAUUUGCGAUAGAACUUUUUUCUUUCUGUUUUUAGAACAGUCAUAAGUGUAGCUAUCAGACGUUUUAGGGUUGUCCAUUCUCUAUUGCACACCCUGUAUAUAUUCAGACAUAUUCUAAACAAAAAUUCCCAGGGAAAUGGUUUCGGGAGAACGGCCCCAAUCGGAAAAAUGGCGAAAAUUUCCAUUUUUUUUUUGCUUUCCCAUAUUCUUAACCAUUGAAGAACGAAAUUCAAGUAAAAAAAUAAUGAAAUUUCAGGAACUUUUCAGUUAGGAGUUUUUUUUUAGAAUAGGCCUGAUUAUGACGAUUACAACUCAACUUCAACUUUUUGAAUCGUUAUACCUAAGAAACGGUGGGUCUUAGGAAAAAAAGUGUCAUGACACUUUUUAUAUAGAAUAAUCUGGUCUACAAUUCUUGGAUUGAAAAUUUUUUGAUAAGACUAACCGUUUUGCUGAAAAUCGUGAAAAACCAGUUUUUGUGACCUUUGACCCCCCCGUAAAUUUUUUUCCAGACCUCGGAUCGAUGAGGACUUUUUAGAUUUAAGUUAUGAUGGUGUUUCCAACAAUCCUACCAAUUUUCAGCUUGCUGGGAAUUAAUGUAACCUCGGAUGUCUAAAUUGACCGGACUAAUAUCUACUUAACUACUGGCUUGACCGAAUAAGUUACUCAACCAAAGUUAUAGUUAAUAUAAUUAAAUUUUCUUGUGCAUUCACUGUUUUUCAGCGAGGACAACACUUUUAAGGUUAUGUCGUUUUAUUUUUUCUUUGUUUUUUUAAUUUUUCUUAGUCACUAUGAUAGUAACAUAAAUUUUUAUCAUCACAAAAGUUGUAGAGCAUCAAAUUUCCAUUAAUUUGGUAUACUUUUGAAGAUUAUAUGACUUUUCAAACCAGAGAUACCGAACUUUAAAGAGUAAUUCCUCUCAAUAUCUUCAAACAAUAUACUUAUAUGUUUUUCCAUAAGGUAUGAAAAGAAGGCUUUAUCGUGUACGUUAUGUAAAAACAAGAAAAAUAUGAUAUGAGUGGGAGUGUGUUUCCCAUUAUUAAGGUGGGUCGGGCAAUUUCCUCUAAAUAUUAAUUUAAUAUUAAAAGAACAAAAAAUAAUGUUAAAACUUACAAUAAUGUGGUAUAAAUAUUUUGUUUUAAGUCAAACAUCCAACUUUCAUGAUGCUAAAAAAUUAUGUAACUAUCAUAAGGACUGAGAAAAAUUAAAAAAACCGAAAAAAUAAAAAAUAAAACGAAAUAACCUCAAAAGUGUUGUUCUCGAUGAAAAACUGUGAAUGCACAAGAAAAGAUAUUUAUACUACCUAUAACUUUGGUUAAGUAACUUAUUCAGUCAAACCAAUAGUUAAGUAGAUAUAGACCGAUUCGCGUUUUUCAAAAUGGCGGUUUUCGCCAGGGGGUUGGCGUCUCGAAAACCAGGACUUAAGCUUUUCUAAUACCCUUCUUUCAGAUUUGAAAAAAAAAACAGAGUUCCUAUAUUUCGUUCCACAAAAUUCCUGUUUUUUACUAAAUUUCCUGUACUAAAACUAUAGUUUUCAGAUCAAUAACUUUCGAAUCGUACAACGCAUGACUUUAAAAAAUAUAAGAAAUUAUUUGAAAUUUGAUGGUCUAUAGCUUUUACUGUUUAAGAAAUUAUGUAACUGUUACCGGGAAUAAUACAAAGUUUAAAAAAAGCAAAAACAAAAAAAAAACAACAUAACCUCAACAACAUAUCACAAAGAAAAAGAUAAUUAAAUUUCCAAGAACUUUGAUCUGAUAACCAUUUCUCUAGGACCAAUAGUUUUAGACAUAUAGAUAGAUUCGCGUUUUUCAAAAUGGCGGAUUUCGCCAGGGGGUUGCAGUCCCGAAAACCAGGACUUAAAGCUUUUCUAAUACCCCUCUUUCGGAUUUGAAAAAUUCAGCCGUCCUGUAUUUCGUUCCACAAUAUGCCUGGGGGGUCAUUCCGUAAUUUUGAAAACGAUAAUCGAAUCGAUGAUAAUCGUUUUACAGUUUGAGAAUCUUAAAAGCUAUUUUAAGUCAUUUCUGAUUCAAUAUUUCCUAAAUAGUUUAUAUAAAUAAAAGUUUUCUUAUCCUCAGGAGUCGUAUUAGUCUAGGUGAUUUAGUAGUUGCCUUUUACUCGGGUGUCCAAGGUUCGAUUCCAGAAAUGGAAAUUGUUUUUUUUUUUUUUUUUAUUUUCUCAAUAAUCGUCAAUUAAUAAACGAUAGCUAAAUAGGUCUCGUUUUUGGAGAAUUUAUUCGUUUUUGGAUGCAAUAUUUGAUUUUUUUAAGGUGUUUAUUGAUUUAUUCCAAUCACCGAUUAAUUUGCAAACUCCAUAACCAAAAAAAAAAUAUUAAUGAUUAAUUUCUACAAAUAACAAUAAUGUUAGAGUAAAUUAUUUUAAUAUGUGUAACAUAUGUAUGUAAGUUUUGACUUUUGGGUCAUUAAAAAAAUUCAUAUUGACCCAGCUAUAGCAAAAUUUUUAGACGUUUAAACGCACUAUUUUUGGAAAAUGAAAAUUUAUAUAGGUACGAUACGAUUAAGAAGGCAACUUAGAGACAAAUCAAAUCCUUUGUCUCUUCCAUCGCAUAUGUAAGUGUACAUGACCAUUUUGAUAAUAAUUCUCACAGAUUUUUUCAAAACUUUCGCCUAUCCAAAGAAGCGUUCGUUUUAGUAUAAGAAACUUUUAAUUUAAACAACGGCCGCCGUUCAACAUACAUUCCGCCUAUAUCUUGUAUUAAAAAACGAAUAGUUUUUCGAUGCACAUAAUAAAAUAAUUUAUUCUUACAUUAUGGUUAUUUGUAGAAAUUAAUCAUUAAUAUUUUUUUUUUGGUUGUGGAGUUUGCAAAUUAAUCGGUGAUUGGAAUAAAUCAAAAAAAACACUUUAAAAAUUCAAAUAUUGCAUCCAAAAACGAAUAAUUCUCCAAAAACGAGACCUAUUUAGCUAUCGUUUAUUAAUUGACGAUUAUUGA